AUGGGGUUAUUAUUCUCUUCGUCGGCGACCGGAGUCAACGCUCUACCGAUGGGCCUUUUGUACGAGGCACAGGAGCACCCGCUCGUGUUUGCUGUGCCGGUCGUUAUAAGCAUUUCACUUGGGUACUUUCUUGCCACGGCAAUCUACAACAUCUAUUUCCACCCUCUUUCCAAGUUUCCCGGGCCUAAACAUUUGGCGGCGUCUCGAAUUCCACUCGCCCUCAAGCGCAUGUCCGGGGAGGAGAUCGCCAUGACAUACGAGCUACACAUCAAAUAUGGUCCCUACGUCCGUGUGGCUCCUAACGAACUGAGUACAAUCAACCCAGUUGCUUCGAAAGAUGUCUACGGUCAGAACACCGCAGCCGGGGGUAUUCCCAAGGAUUUCAAAGCGUAUUACAUGAAAAACCAGCGCAAGGAUGGCACUGAAGGCUUGUUGACCGCUGAUGAUAACGAGCAUUACCGCCAGCGAAAGGUAUUCGCGCCAGCCUUCAGCGACCGCGCCAUCCGUGAACAGGAGCCUCUCUUGAAGAAGUAUACAGACCUUUUAAUUGCGAAAUCUUUUGAGAAAUGUCAAGCCGCAGGCAAAGUUGACAUGGUAAUGUUUUUCAAUUUCGCAACAUUUGACUUUAUUGCCGAUUGUGUCUUUGGAGACUCUUUGCACCAUCUUGAAAGCAUGGAGUACCACCCUUUCCUGGCCAACAUCACCGCCACGGUGAGAUUUAGCGCUAUGCGGAGAGUGCUCAGGUCGUUCCCCAUCAUACAGGCAAUCUUCGAGGCUUUAAUGCCCAAGUCUAUGAUCAAAAAACGGCUGGAACACGUCAAGUUCUGCGACGAACGCGUCAUGAAUAGAUUGGCAAACAGCAACCCUAGCCACCCGGACUUUUGGACCCUAGUUGAGCAUGCUGAAGCAAAAGGCCAGGGCCUAACCAAGGGUGAGAUGCGGCAAAAUGGCUUCCUACUUCUCACAGCCGCAACGGAAACGACAUCAUCGCUAAUGAGCGCACUCACCUACCUACUCUGCAAGAACCCUGACAAGAUGAGGAAGUUGCAGGAUGAAGUUAGAGGCGCCUUCAAAUCCACUGACGAGAUGAGCACUAUCACCCUCCCGAAAUUGCAGUACUUGCAAAUGGUUAUUGAGGAAGGCCUUCGUGUCUAUCCUCCCGUGCCGGGUGGCCUCCCUCGCCGCGUUGUUGUGCCAGGAGCUAUGCUUGACGGACACUCACUCCCAGUUGAGUCAGUCGUUUUUUACUCACAGUACGCUUCUUAUCAUUCGCCUACUCAUUUUGCUCGACCACACGAGUUUAUUCCUGAACGGUGGGGCCGAAGUCCUCCCGCUGAAUUCGCCAACGAUCGUUUGGAAGCGGUUCAGGCUUUUUCGGCCGGGCCUAGGGAUUGUAUUGGAAAGAACCUUGCGUAUCAUGAAGCGAGAAUGCUCCUUGCUAAGUUUGUAUUCACGUAUGACGUCGAACUGUGCGAGGAGAGCGAUGACUGGAUUAAACAGAAGGUAUAUAUUGUCGGUGCAAAGAAACCAUUGUGGGUGAAGUUAAACAAGCAUGAGAGAAAGAACUGA